AUGAUUGUUGUUGAUUAUGCUGUGAAGUUUGAGGAGUUGUCUAUGUUAUUCAUGCAUUACAAUGGGGUAGGAGCUGAAGGUUCCAACUGUAUCAAGUUUGAAAGUGGAUUUCAUCCAGAGAUCAUGAAAUUCAUCAGGAUCUACAAUAAGGAUAGUUGUGCUAGAUCUGCUCACUUAAGAGUGUUAGUGAGAAGGGGAGUAGGAAUCAAAACCAUGGAAGAACUUAUAGAGCUCCAACUGAUAAAGGGAAGUGUAAGACUUCUGGUGAGAAAGACAAAUGAGGGAGGCACUCCUACUUCUGUCAAAUGUUUUAGCUGUGGAGGAAUGGGUCAUUGUGCUAGUGAAUGCAAGAGUUAUGGUAAAAAAUGUUUCAAGUGUGGGAAGAUAGGGCAGCGUAUUGCGGAUUAUAAGAUUAAUUUACUGACUUGUUUCAACUAUGGAGAAGCAUGUCACAUUAGUACUCAUUUUCAGAAAUCAAAGAAAUCUCAAUCCAGAGGGAAAGUUUUUGCUUUGAGUGGAACAGAGACUACUAGAUAUGAUAACUUGAUUCGAGGUAUGUACUUUAUUAAUGGUCUUUCUCUUAUUGCUAUGAUUGACAUGGGUGUGACAUGUUAUUUCAUAUCUCUUAUUUUACCUAAAAGGUUGAAUCUUGAAAUAUCUUCGAUGGUUAGGAGUAUGGUCAUUGACACCCCAACUAAUGGUUUGAUGACUACUUCAUGGUUUUUUUUUAAUUUCCCUUUGACUAUCUACGGUAAGGACUUUGGUAUUGAAUUAGUCUGCUUAUGGUUAAGUCAACUUGAGGUUAUCUUGGGAAUGAACUGGUCGGAGUUCAACCAUGUUUAUAUUAACUAUUUAGACAAGUCUGUGAUGUUUCCAGAGUUCAAAGUAGGUGGAUAUAUGAUGUUUAUGUCUGCUAAGAAAGUGGAUAAGGCCUUGAAGUAUGAUGCUUGUGUGUUUAUGAUGUUCUCUUCUUUGAAGGAUGAAAACAAAGUUGUGGUUGGUGAUUUAUCAAUUGUGUCUGAUUUUUCAGAGGUCUUUCCAGAUGAUAUUAGUGGUUUACCUCCGAAACGCGAGGUUGAGUUCGCCAUAGACUUAGUACCUGGUACUAGCCUUGUGCCGAUGACACCUUAUAGAAUUUCAGCUUUAGAGCAACGUGAUUCGAAGAAGCAUUUAGAGGAUCUGCUUCAAAAGAAGUUUGUCUGA